UUCCUGCCGGGGCGGCGCUGCCCGGCGCGGGGUGCUGGAGGCGGUUCCUCCCCGCGGCGGAGGCGCACACGGGCGGCCUUGGUUUGGCUCGGUUCUUUCUCCCCUCGGCUCCCGCGGCCGUCCCUAUGGCGCUGUGCAACGGAGACGCCAAGCCAGAGAACACUGGAGGAGAACUGAAGGACGGGCAGCACCACUACGAGGGAGCUGUCGUCAUCCUGGAUGCUGGUGCACAGUAUGGGAAGGUCAUCGACCGCCGGGUGCGUGAGCUCUUCGUCCAGUCUGAGAUCUUCCCCCUGGAGACGCCCGCCUUCGCCAUCAGGGAGCAGGGCUUUCGAGCUAUCAUCAUAUCUGGAGGACCAAAUUCUGUGUAUGCUGAAGAUGCACCAUGGUUCGACCCAGCGAUAUUUACAAUAGGAAAACCAGUUCUUGGGAUCUGCUAUGGCAUGCAGAUGAUGAACAAGGUGUUUGGAGGCACAGUGCACAAGAAGAGCGUCAGAGAAGAUGGAGUGUUCAACAUUACUCUGGAUAACACGUGUUCACUGUUCAGGGGCCUUCAGAAGGAAGAGCUUGUGCUCCUCACUCAUGGGGACAGUGUGGAUAAGGUUGCUGAUGGAUUCAAAGUGGUUGCACAGUCUGGGAACAUUAUAGCAGGUAUAGCAAAUGAGUCUAAAAAACUCUAUGGAGCACAGUUCCACCCUGAAGUUAGCCUUACAGUGAAUGGAAAAAUGAUCCUGAAGAAUUUUCUGUAUGAUAUCGCGGGAUGCAGCGGGACCUUUACAGUGGAAAACAGAGAACUUCAGUGCAUUCAAAAUAUCAAAGAGAAAGUGGGCUCAUCAAAAGUUCUGGUUUUACUCAGUGGAGGUGUGGACUCAACUGUUUGCACUGCUCUGCUGAAUCGUGCUUUAAACCAGGAUCAGGUGAUAGCUGUACAUAUAGACAACGGAUUUAUGCGCAAAAGAGAAAGUCAGUCUGUGGAGGAGGCACUGAAAAAACUUGGGAUUCAGGUUAAAGUGGUGAAUGCAGCUCAUUCUUUCUAUAACGGUACAACAACUCUGCCAAUCUCUGAUGAAGACAGAACUCCACGUAAAAGAAUUAGCAAGACCUUAAAUAUGACUACAAGUCCUGAAGAAAAAAGAAAGAUUAUUGGUGACACGUUUGUUAAGAUUGCCAAUGAAGUUAUUGGAGAAAUGAAUCUGAAACCUGAAGAGGUUUUUCUUGCUCAGGGUACCCUCAGACCUGAUCUCAUUGAAAGCGCUUCCCUUGUUGCAAGUGGCAAAGCUGAAGUAAUCAAAACUCAUCACAAUGACACAGAGCUGAUUCGAAAGUUAAGAGAAGAGGGUAAAGUUAUAGAACCACUAAAAGACUUUCACAAAGAUGAAGUUCGAGUGCUAGGAAGAGAGCUUGGACUUCCCGAAGAGCUGGUUUCAAGGCAUCCCUUCCCAGGUCCAGGUCUGGCAAUCAGAGUGAUAUGUGCUGAGGAGCCUUAUGUGUGCAAAGACUUCCCUGAAACAAACAACAUCUUGAAAAUAGUUGCGGAUUUUUCUGCGAGUGUUAAGAAGCCACAUACUUUGUUGCAAAGGGUCAAAGCGUGCACGACUGAAGAAGACCAGGAGAAACUGAUGCAGAUUACAAGCCUACAUUCACUGAAUGCCUUCUUGUUACCCAUCAAAACUGUGGGAGUGCAGGGUGACUGCCGCUCGUACAGCUACGUGUGUGGGAUCUCCAGUAAGGAUGCCCCACACUGGGAGUCCCUCAUGUUUCUCGCCAGGCUCAUACCUCGCAUGUGCCACAAUAUCAACAGGGUUGUGUACGUGUUUGGUCCACCAGUCAAAGAGCCUCCCACUGAUGUCACACCCACAUUCCUGACAACAGGAGUCCUCAGCACUUUACGUCAAGCUGACUUUGAGGCUCACAACAUUCUCAGGGAGUCUGGCUAUGCUGGAAAAAUUAGCCAGAUGCCAAUAAUCCUGACCCCGCUGCAUUUCGAUCGGGACCCGCUGCAGAAACAGCCGUCCUGCCAGAGAUCCGUGGUCAUCCGGACGUUUAUUACGAGCGACUUCAUGACUGGGAUUGCAGCAACUCCUGGUAAUGAGGUUCCAGAAGAGGUUGUAUUAAAAAUGGUGGCAGAGAUAAAGAAGAUUCCUGGCAUUUCUCGGGUGAUGUAUGACUUGACCUCAAAGCCACCAGGAACUACGGAGUGGGAGUAAAUAACUUUUUUUUACUGAAGUACUGUGUGCAGUCUAAAUCAUAUCAGAAACCAUUCCCAGUGUUGACAUGCAGUACUGUGAAAGAGUGACUGGAGCUGACUCCUCUCCUGGAGCGCAGGGCGGCGGUGACGAGCAGUGCAGGGAUAACAGAGUGGGGCUGAGGAUUUGUACGGGUAAAUGAUGGCAGCGUUGCCUGUGUGCAGACAGAUUCCCAUUGCUUUGGCCUUUGUCUUACUGAUUCUUCCCAUUCCCACGUGUUCCAGUUGUUAACUGUCAUUUCAACUUGUCUUUGGUUUUGUACACUGUGUAAAAAGAGACAGCUUAUUUACUUCUACCAAAAGCAUUGUUACAGCCUAAAAAUGUAAAAUGAAUUCUUUGUGACCAACUGCUUUUGAACAAAUUUAUUAUAAAUAAAUAUUUUGCCAAAUGGAGUAGUGGGUACUGCUGAGUUGUGGAAUUAACGUGUAUCUGUUGUGUGCUGUUAGGCCUGUUUCUAGAUUGUUUGACCUGUAAGCCCGUGGCAAUAACAUUGAGUCCCAAAAGAGCAAUGCUGAAGUGUUAUGAGAUGACCUUCUGCCUGCCUGCCUGUCUGUCCUCACUCCCUCUUGCAUUGCCUGGUAGGUGUGUUGGUUGGUGACAGGCAUGUCCCCAUCACACGCUGUGUUUGUGGAAGUGUCACAUCCCUGCGAGGUGUCUGUGUGCUUCUGGGGCCUCGGAGAGGAGUAAAAGCAGGAGUGCAGCUCUAAAAGCUGUGGCACCAGAGCUCCAGGAUGGCCGAAUCCUGGUUCUGGUCUCCAACCCUUAUGCAAUAGUCCCUUCACAGCCUGCUGCUGCCCAUGUGCUUACGUUAUACUUGAUGAUAGUUUGUUUUCUUCACAUUAGCUUUCACAGGAUUUAUUUUUUUUUUUAAUGUAAUGUAUUCAGCUUGUUUUUUAAAAUCCUUAUAGUCAUUAGUGUGGAGUCACAGUAUUGGAGUGGCUUACCCAACCAGUAUAGAUUAUUUCCAUCGUGUAUACUCUGCUGUUUCUGUAGUUAAGCAAUAAUUUAAGAGGUGUUUAUCUUGGACACCUGUGCUUUCCUGAUACAUCAAGGCAGAGCUGUCUCCAUCCACCUGAGAGUGCUGAGCAUGUCCUGCAGAUGCUGUCUGUGGAGUUGCAGGUUCUGUAGCAGCUCUGAGCUGAGCAGCUUGCUGGAUAACUGCCCAUGGAACUGCUGCUGUGUGCUCCCAGUCAGCCCUGCCAUCCAUUUCUUGCAGCUGAAUGGAAGGCAACUGUUCAAGUUCUAUGUGGGCAAAACAGUUGCUCUCAACUGUUCAGGAGCAUGGCGUGUUUCAUGGCUGUAGCUACUUAUAUUUCUGCUUACACAGAUCAAUGAACUGGAAUAAUGGUUGAAAGUGUUCUGUUUUGUUUGGUUGCACAUCGUGUGUUCCUAUUAUUUCUGCAUUUUCUGCCUACGCAUUAUGGAAAUUUAGUUUAACUCCAGCUUACAGGACGUGGCUAAUAUGUGAACUUCUGAUUUCUGCCUGUAUUCCUGAGCAGCUGCAUUUCCUCUGGAGGUGGCGUGCAGCAGCCCCUGCACUCUUGGGCCACUCCUGCUGCAGUGGCCAUGAGCUGCCCUGCACUUGCACCUCGCAUGGGGCUUGGGUGAACAGAUCCUAACUGCUGUGCAUCUCAGCUGCCUCCUUCUGAGCUGGUGUAGUACUUGUAACUGCACUCAUCGUCACCUCGGUGAGCUUUAUGCUAUGUGGACGCAGUUACACAUGUUAACUCAUGCUCUUUUGCUACUGGGCUGUGAUCUGUACAAGCUGGUGAUCGCAGGGCUGUGUAUCAGUGGUUGCUGUGGCAGAAUCUAUUGCUACAGCAUGGGUUCUGUUGAAAGCAAACCUAAUUUUUUAGUGUAUCAUAUUUCAAACAACAGCUCCCUGAUAAACUGACAGCCUUAGAGUACACUUCAUUUUUUAGUCUGAAAGACCUGAGGAUAGUUUUCAUUGUUGCGUUGGUAUCUCUUAGGUAAAUGGUGAGAUGACAAUAGAAUCUCCCUGGUGUGCUGCAGGAGUACUUCAGCCUCUGAAUGCUGUAGCAGUUGCUUGUUAUUAGUAGGCUUGCUCUUGCUGCCACUGCUACGUUGUCAGUUACCUUGACAGCAAAUAGACAAAACAGAAGGAAUCACUAAAAAGUAGGGAAUAUUGAGCAUUUCUCAUAUCCCAAACCUCCCCAGUUUUGAGUGAGACACUUCUAGCUGGUCUCCUGGAAACAAACUGCAGUGUGGUUACAAAGCAGCUGGCGAGGUGUGGGUGACAACGGCCACGAUGUGCAUCAGGACUGGUGUGUUGGUGCCUCGUGAUGUGUCCCCAGCACACCAGGAUGGGAAUCUUGUGUUUGCUGCGUGCUGUGGACUGGGAAGUGCUUCCAUCUGCACUGGAGGUGUAAGGUGUUCCUGCACACUGUGUGUAUGCUGAAGUUGGGCAUCCACUUUAAACAUCUUCUCAUCAUGUUGGUCUGUGAAAUGGAGCUUGGCAGCAAUUCCUGUGCUCUUUUAGAAAUCUUACUUGUUUCUCUUUGUUUUUUAAACCAGAAAGGUGAAUAUUGAAAUGUCUAGGCAUAAACUAUUGCACUAUAAUCGAAAGGUCUUACGGAAACGAAAUUUGUGAUCUUUCGCUAUCUUCCCCUGUUGACACCUGUGCCAUGCAUUGUAGGAGUGGGUUGUUCUUAGGAAGGUCAGUGGUGUUAUCCCAGCAGUUCUGUGUAUAGGACAGUCAGAAGCGGAGAGGAACGUAAAUACUCUGUUCACUUUCUUAAAAUCCUACAUUUAGCACAUAGUUUACAAUCUAAUACCUGUAGCUGCCCUGUACAGUUGUUCACCUCAAGUCUUCAGUAAAACAUGUCAGCAGUUAGAGGAAUUUGUAUCGGGGGCAUUGCCCACCAUUCUCAAUUUUUAACAUUUUUUCUGCUUGUGAAAUGAUAAAGUACUGUGAGCCUUAAUUUUUAUCCACAAAUAAAAAUGUUAUGUUUGAA